UGGUUCACGUAUCCAGGCGUUUGGACCACUUACAUCCUCAUCCUCUUCUUCUCCUGGCUCAUCGUCCUUUCCAUCUUCGGCUGCUCACCGGGCAUGGCCUGGACCAUCGUUCACCUCUCUCAUUUCACCAAGGGUACACCAUUUGCUGAUGACCAGGGAAUCUACAAUAGGUUGACCUGGUGGGAGCAGAUAGACAACGGCAAGCAGCUCACACGGAACAGGAAGUUUCUGACUGUUGUUCCCGUUGUCUUGUACUUGAUAGCCUCACACACGACAGACUAUCAACAUCCGAUGCUCUUCCUCAACACAUUUGCAGUAUUUAUACUGGUGGUAGCAAAAUUUCCGCACAUGCACAAGGUCCGUAUAUUUGGAAUCAAUGAAACCUGAAGAGAGGAAAACCGUCUCUGUGAGAUUGGAAGUCAUCAGACAUGUCUGUACAGACAUUACGUCCACCACUUUCACAAUAUACCCCAAGAGGACCAGUCUUUUGUAAACAUACCACUUUUCUAUUCUUUUAUGUAAAAGUAAGCAAUUUACGUUCAGCUCAGGAAAUUUCAUAUGACACAGUGGCCUACCUCCCCUUUCGGGAUGGGUAGAUGGAUGAACUGUUUAUUGCUACACUGCAUCUUCUGAGGUUAUUUCUGAUAAAAGAGGUGAAGUCUGAAACUUUAAA